AUGCAAUUGUUGUGCACUUUAUGUCGGGGCAUAGUGUGCGAGUGCGCCGGCGCGAGCGCGUGCCCCGACGGCUCGGCGAACGGCACGUGCACCACGCAACCCGGCGGCUACUGCUUCGCCACCGUCGAGGAGGUACUGGACGAUGGCGGCCGCCUCGACCUCGAGCGCACCGCCGGCUGCCUGCCGCCGGACGAGUCCGGCUUCAUGCAGUGCAAGAGCUCACAAGUGCCACAUCAGCACCCGAAGGUGAUCGAGUGCUGCUCAGAGGCGGACCUGUGCAACCGGCGCCUGCGGCCGCAGCUGGCCGAGCCGCCGCCCGACGACGCGCCGCCCGCCCCGCGCCCCGCCGCCCCCGCCGCGCCCCCCGCGCCCGCGCUGCUCGUAGCCAUCGCGCUCUGUGUCGCCCUCGUGGCCUUCAUAGCGGCCUUCCUCCUGCUCUUCAGGAGACGCCGACGCGGCUGCAAGAGGCCGCCCUCUCCCCCCGCAGUGUCCCAUCACACGGAAAUCACCUCGGGGUCGGGCUCCGGACUCCCACUCCUCGUUCAGCGGACCGUCGCCAAACAGAUACAAAUGGUGGAAUCCAUCGGUAAAGGACGCUACGGUGAAGUGUGGCUGGCUAGGUGGCGUGGCGAGAAAGUCGCAGUCAAGGUGUUCUUCACGACGGAGGAGGCGUCCUGGUUCCGCGAGACGGAGAUCUAUCAGACGGUUUUGAUGCGCCACGAAAACAUCCUCGGCUUCAUAGCCGCGGACAUAAAAGGCACGGGUUCGUGGACGCAGAUGCUCCUCAUAACGGACUACCACGAGAACGGUUCCUUGCACGACUACUUGCAAACAGUCGUUCUGGAUACGCACUCGCUGCUGACCAUGGCCUAUUCGAUUGUGAGCGGGCUGGCUCAUCUACACAUGGAUAUAUUCGGAACGAAAGGCAAGCCGGCGAUCGCGCAUAGAGAUAUCAAAAGCAAAAACAUACUGGUAAAACGGAACGGGCAGUGCGCGAUCGCGGACUUCGGCCUGGCAGUCAGAUACGUGGCGGAGAGGAACGAAGUGGAUAUAGCGCCGAACACUCGCGUCGGGACACGGCGAUACAUGGCGCCCGAGGUCCUCGACGAGAAAUUGGACGUGGGCAACUUCGAGGCGUUCAAAAUGGCCGACAUGUACUCGCUGGGAUUGGUGCUGUGGGAGAUGUGCCGGCGUUGCGCCACUGGGGACAAGGCACAGUAUGUGGACGCCUACGCACUACCGUAUUAUGAACACGUCCCACCGGAUCCCUCGUUCGAGGAUAUGCACGCGAUCAUCGUAGCGAAAGGGAUAAGGCCUAUUAUCCCGUCGCGUUGGUUGGCAUCUGAGCCUCUGGCAGCGUUGUCUGCGGCCAUGGCAGAGUGCUGGCACGCCAACCCGCCAGUGCGGCUCACUGCCCUUCGUGUAAAGAAGACUCUCGCCAAGUUCCACAACGAGCCCGUCGCCAAGCUCGUCUGA